AUGACCAAGUCCACCGAAGCGAACCGAGAUAUUUAUUACCGCAAGGCCAAGGAGGUGGGCUUCCGCGCGCGCUCGGCCUUCAAGCUGCUGCAGUUGGACGAGCAGUUCGACUUCCUGCGCCACGUGCAGCGCGCCGUGGACCUGUGCGCGGCGCCCGGCAGCUGGAGCCAGGUACUGAGUCGCAAGCUGUACGACGCCAGCAACGUGCAGAGCGCAGACAGCGGCGACGUGCGCGUCGUGUCCGUGGACCUGCAGGAGAUGGCGCCGAUCGCCGGCGUGCAGCUGCUGCAGGGCGACAUCACGUCCAAGCGCACGGCCGAGCAGAUCAUCGGCCACUUCCACGGCGCCAAGGCGCAGGUGUUAGUGAGUGACGGCGCGCCCGACGUCACGGGCGUGCACGACAUCGACGAGUUCGUGCAGGCGGAGCUGCUCGCGGCGGCGCUCAACAUCACCACGCACGUGCUGGAGGAGGGCGGCUCAUUCGUGGCCAAGAUCUUCCGCUGCGAGCAGUACGAUCUGCUGGCGACGCAGCUCAGUGUUUUCUUCGAGAGCGUGUCCUGCUCCAAGCCCAUGAGCAGUCGCGCGCAGAGUAACGAGGCCUUCGUGGUGUGCCAGGGCUUCCGACUGCCCGAGAAGUACACGCCCGUCAUGACGUCGUAUUUGCUGCCGCGGUACGGACUGGAGGAGGGCGAGGCGCAUGACCCGCUGUUGAUUCCGUUCCUUGCCAGUGGAGACCUGUGUGGAUACGACGACGCCCAGCAGUUCUACUAA